AGUGACAUUAGAGAUAACAGAACCCAACAUUCAGUCCACCUGGACAGUCUCAGAGCGCUGGAAUGGGAUAAACUUUGCGAUUCCGUCGCUUCCUUCACCCGCACUUCUCUGGGGCGUCAAGCUAUCAAGACAUGAGUAACACGCGGAAGCAAAACAAGUAAGAGAGGAUAGUAGGUAUCACAAAAGUAUGGUAUUUGCCAUCCUCACGCCUCCUUCUAGGCGAAAGAUGUAAGCUUGGGAGGGGGUGUGACAUACAAUCUGUUUGAUCAAAAGUCUUAAAGGAAAUUUUGGGAAUUCUUGAUUUUAGAAGGUAAAGGAAAUGGUUGGAUUGGAUGAGAACCUCGGAGUGAUGGUCAUUGCAUUGCACGAUGAUCAGAGACGAAGAAGGGGAGGGAAUCCCAACUUCAGCCGGAAUGAAACUUGUGAAGUUCUUCUUAACUUUGAUCGACGCUUCUAAAAGGUCCAACCGGGAGAGGGUUUUCUUGGCCACUUCAAUAAAACCUCUGCAGGCGUCCCCGAUAAAUUUGAAGGAGCUGUCAUCCCAUCGAUCUAAAGGAAGAUUCCUAAUUCUAAUCCAAUUGCCAUAACAAGGGACGACCGGUUAUCUUUUGCGACAUUGUUGCUCCAUGGGGACAACUUGAGAGAGAAAGGGCCCACCUUGUAGCACUCCUUGAUUGCACCAAGGAUUGUGGCUUGAUCUGUGCUUUCACAACGUAAAAGGGCACGAUUGGCUUGUAUAGGGUUAAUGGCACAACAAUCACAUCCAUGGAUUUGUAAUGCUCUCAUAAUGUUGUACCAAUCAUUGUGGAAGCAUUGCCUCUUAACGAUUAUAGUUGUGUUGAAAUGUAAUGUGGCAUGUGGGUACUCCAAGGCUGGCUUGAUCUAAUGAACGAGGUCCGAAGUGAGCAUUAACGGAGAUUUGGCUUUAAGCGCCUCUUUGGGGGGGUGGGUGCCUCAGAGCUGUAGGGGACAUUUGUGGCGGCUAGUUGUGGGUCAAGCUUCUUUUUUGGUAUUACAGCAAGGUAUAAAAGGCUUUCCAACCUCUUUUUCCUUCGCCAAUCGGUAUAAGGAUCUUGUUUAGGCCACCAUUGUUAUCUAGUUUGGUAAUCUUGAUUAGGAUACCCCUUUUGUUUGAUGAUUUUUCAAUCUAGAUCGUUUGGUUGUCGAAGCGAAAUUCUUUGAAAAAUUUCUGGUUUAAGGGGGCAAUCAGUAAGAUCGAGAAGGUUUUGGUGAUCCAAUUGAGUGUUUGCCAGUGAAGGGAGAUGAAGAAUGCACGAUCUUUUGUGGUUUCGGUCAAAUGGAUGUGGGAAGCCCUGUAAUACUCAUCGGAAUCAAUGGAGAAGACUUUCCGGUCUAUGGUCACUGAGGACUUUGACGGAGGCAUUUCGGCUAUGGAUAAAAUAAGGCAGUAGCAUGAUUCAUGGCCGCCGGAGACAGAUCGGUAAGGGGAGGCGAGUCGGGAUGGAGGAGAGAGAGUUCUCCGGAGACAGAUCUUUGGCUGCCAGAGACAGAUUGGCCCAACUUUGGUCUUCGAACUGGACAUAUGAAGAAAGCCUUAGACUUUUGGAUGAGACUAAUGCAGCAGUAGAAAUGCACAAGCAUGGUGGCUGCAGCUUGGAUUUAAGUGGCGUCAACCUUCAUCUGGUGAAAUCUGCAAUAGAACAUGCUCAAAGGAGUCUGCCAAUGGAUGGAAAUGAAGCAAUAGCUAUUGCAGCUCUUCUACAGUUUGCUGAUAUGUUGCAAUUUAAUUUGAAAACAGCAAUCAAAGAAGAUGCUGAUUGGUCUGCACGUUUUAUGCCCCUAACAAAAGUGAUAAUGGGAAUGCUUGUAAAUCAAUCAUUGAUUAAACUGAUACUGAAUGCUGUAGAUGAAGAUGGCUCGGUCAAAGAUUCUGCGAGUUAUGCCUUAAGAGAAUCUCGAGAUCAAGUUCGCAAGCUUGAAAAAAAGUUACAUCAGUUAAUGGACAGCUUAGUUAGGAAUGCAAAGAGUGGAACUUCCUUUUUGGAAGUGGAAAUCGUUGAUGGAAGGUGGUGUAUAAAAUCAGAGGGUGAUCAAUUAAUGGAUGUUAAGGGUCUCCUGUUGUCCAGUGAUACAGGGACUGGUUUCAUCUUAGAGCCACUCUCUGCCGUUCCUUUAAAUGAUGAGUUGCAACAAGCAAGGGCUUCAGUGGCAAAAGCUGAGGAAGAUGUUCUCUUUAUGCUAACUGAAAAAGUAUGGGUGAAAAUGGAUUUUGAAGAUAUAAACAAACUCAUUGGCUGUAUAAUUGAAUUAGAUGUGGCUGAAUGGUAUAUGCUAGCCAUUUCAAGCUUGGAAAUUAGUCUACCAAGGUUUGUUCGAUGCGAAGCCUUAGUUAAUAUGUUGGCGACUUGUUGUUGGGACGACACAUAUCUCAAGUUGAUGGUCAAUGCUCGAGCAUCCUAUGGUCUUUCAUUUGGGGGGACGUGUCCCAAUUUAAUCCUACCAGAAGGCUGCAAUUCUUCUAUUGCUAAUGUCUGCUUAUCAGGGGACCAAACAUCUGAGGCAUCACACUCGAAGAAGAAUGAAUGGGUCCUCUAUUUACAAAAUGCCCAUCACCCUUUACUACUUCAGCAAUAUAGAGAAAAUUUGGAAAAUGCCAAGAGGGAUGUCCAAAAUGCUUUUACUGAGAUGGGGAGAAAACUUCCUGGGGGGAAUAUGUCAUGGAAAGAAAAAGAAGUUGUAGAUAUUUCAUUAUUAAAAAUGAAGGUUGAACAAUUGGAAAAAGCUCGUCCUGUUUCGGUUGAUUUUUCAAUAUCUCGUAGAAUCCAAGUAUUAGUUAUAACGGGCCCUAAUACUGGGGGUAAGACUGUUUGUUUGAAGACCAUUGGAUUGGCAGCCAUGAUGGCGAAAUCAGGGCUUCAUGUUUUAGCUUCAGAGUCUGCACAAAUCCCUUGGUUUGAUUCGAUUUUUGCUGAUAUCGGUGAUGAACAGUCCCUUACCCAAUCUCUGUCCACCUUUUCUGGCCAUUUGAGAAAAAUAAGUGACAUACAGUCAGUUUCAACUAGUCGGUCGUUAGUACUAUUGGAUGAAGUUGGAGCAGGGACCAAUCCUCUGGAGGGAGCUGCACUUGGGAUGUCACUGCUGGAAUCUUUUGCUAAAUCUGGCGCUGCAUUGACAGUUGCAACAACACAUCAUGGAGAACUUAAAACCCUAAAAUAUAGCAAUGAAGUCUUUGAAAACGCAUGCAUGGAAUUUGAUGAGGUGAACCUAAAGCCAACUUACAAGAUUCUCUGGGGAGUACCAGGACGUUCAAAUGCUAUUAAUAUUGCUGAAAGGUUAGGGUUGCCUAGUUCUGUUGUAGAUGAUGCUCGGGAACUCUAUGGUGCGGGAAGUGCAAAGAUAGAUGAGGUCAUAACCAAUAUGGAAUGUAUAAAGAAAAAGUAUGGAGACCUCUUACAAGAAGCUCAAAAUAACUUGACGGAGUCAAACAGUCUUCAUGAAAAGUUGUUGCUUGCUAGAAGAAACAUUAUUGAACAUGGUAAACGACAGAGGCUUAGAAAAGUGCAAGAGGUAAUCAAGGCUGCAACAAGGGCUCGUUCUAACAUUCACCAAAAAGUACGGGAACUACGUGCAUCUCCAAUCGAGUACUCCCCACCCUCUGCCACUGAUAGUAGACAACGCGGAGGAAUAAACUCUAAUAACCGAACUACAGCAGGCAAAAAGAACUUGAUGGCAUUGCAUGCGCAUAUAUCGUCAACCAGUGACAUCAGUCAACCACGAUCAGAGGAGCCCAAGUUUCCCACUGUUGGCGAUACUGUGUACGUUUCUUCCUUUGGGAAAAAAGCGACAGUUUUAGGCGUAGAGCCAUCGAAAGACGAAGUAAUUGUUCAAGUUGGUAGCAUAAAGUUGAAAGUGAAGUUCACUGACAUAAUGAGAUAAUCAUCUAGAAGCCAUGCGAUGUUGACGAGUAUACGUUAAUCUAUAAAAUUAACCAAUUUCAUAUCUCUA